AGUGGCAUAUUCACUUCGUAAACUCGUGAACUGAUAGUUCCAAUACCGUCAUUUCAGUAUUACAGAAGGAAUAUUUUUGGGAAGAUAAAAAAUUUUUCGAAACAGCAGCUUUCCACUUUUUCCCGCUAUUUGCCGCUUUUUGGAACUGAUGAGGUGGCAACCCUGUUUUCAAUCGUCAUCCAAUAGAAAAUACGUAAGAAUCUUUCUUUAUCUUUAUCUUUAUCAUAGCUAGCAGUCGUAUGCUGGAGCAUCACUUGUAUAAAAUGAUCAUUGAUUUUUUCAGAAGCCUUAAAAAAUUUCUGGGUGGGCUCAAAACAUUUUAGGGUGGGCUUAGCCCACCCUAGCCCACCCCUGGCGCCGCCACUAGUUUAUAAUCAAUCAUUUUUGCUAUGAUUUACUGUCGUUAAUAGCCUACUGGGAAGAAAAUUAUUUCUUUUUGAAAUCCAAACUCUCUUACUAUGACCUAAUAUCUUGUGAUGUAGUUGUAUUAUAUGCUGCCCCAGUAUGUUGAUAUUCUAUUGCUUCCCUGGUAUCUUCUAGAUGAAUGAAAAAUCAAGACAGCCCAGGUUCAUCAUUCAGACCGCCUGAAAGAUGGCAUUAAACUGCCUGAAACGGUCACGAAACGGCGCAAUUGAUGCCGUAAACGAUGAAAAACGACUACCGUUUUCCGUCAGCUCAGAUUAUGGACCGUUUUUCCGCAAAACGUUAACGACGUCGUUUAAGGCCGUUUCGGAUGACAAACGUAGUGUGAUAAAAGGACUCUAUUUUCGCCCUUUAUCGUCUCAAUCUCGUCGCUUUUCGCCGUUUAAAAUGAGUGUUGCAUUGGCGAUUUAUAUUUUAUUCCUCAAAAUAAAAUAAAAUAAAAUGAAUAAAACAAUUUGAACGACAGUGGUUAAGUAUCUAUUUUAUCCAUAUUUAUAUCACAAAACAAAAGAGAUGUAAAGCGGUAAAAAAAACGUUGGCUUUAGAAGGUAGUCGUUUCCUGCAACAUGGAAACCGCCAUAUAAGAGGCCACCGGUUUUCGCCGUUUUACAGUCGUUUAAGUUCGUUUACGCACCGUUCUAUCCAACAUGGGAAAGGAAAGAAAAUAGGAUAGAUUUUAUUUCUGAAGAAUUCCGCAAAUGUCAAAAUUGACGAAAAAGAAUCACCAAUAAUAAAUAAUUUAGUUUUAAUGAACUAAAAAUCUUUUCGGAAGUUGAAACAAAUAAUCUUGAAAGAAAUCGAUUUCGAUAAAUUGAAUAGAAAAAAACUAUGUAAUAAAAACCGCAUGAAAAUCGACGGUUAACCGCGGUUUUACCGGUCGGGUUACCGGCUCCCAUUACCGCAGAAAGGAUAAAUACCGCGGUUUACCGCAAAAAAAUGAUCCGGUAUUCGCAACAUGGGAAGAAUUGUUUUUAAUUUGCCGAUAUUAAUAUUUUCGCUUCGUUUGUUAGAAAUGUUGUUAGUCUUCAACCACGUAAUCGUGUGAAACGUCAAUUAUCUCAAUUAUCAAAAACAAAACACUCCAAAUUUCAAGCAAUUUUCGAUGCAAAUAAUACGAAUCAAACAUCAACACAAUCAGAUGUGAUUUGA